GAGGGGCUAGGCUCCGGAAUUCAAGAUGGAGUCGCUGAGUCGAGCUGGGCAAGAGAUGAGCCUAGCGGCCUUGAAGCAACACGACCCCUACAUCACCAGCAUCGCAGACCUCACGGGCCAGGUCGCACUGUACACCUUCUGCCCCAAGGCCAACCAGUGGGAGAAGACUGAUAUAGAAGGGACCUUAUUUGUAUAUCGAAGGUCAGCUUCACCUUACCAUGGUUUUACCAUUGUGAAUCGACUGAAUAUGCACAAUCUAGUUGAACCAGUGAAUAAAGACUUGGAAUUUCAGCUCCAUGAACCAUUUCUUCUAUAUAGAAAUGCAAGCUUGUCAAUAUACAGUAUCUGGUUUUAUGACAAGAAUGACUGUCACCGCAUAGCCAAACUCAUGGCCGACGUGGUAGAAGAGGAGACACGGCGGUCCCAGCAAGCAGCUCGGGAUAAGCAGAGUCCCAGCCAGGCCAACGGCUGCAGUGACCACAGGCCCAUCGACAUCCUGGAGAUGCUAAGCAGAGCCAAGGAUGAGUAUGAGAGGAAUCAGAUGGGCAAUUCAAAUAUCUCCAGCCCUGGGUUACAGCCAAGUACUCAGAUCUCCAAUCUGGGAAGCACCGAAACUCUAGAAGAGACGCCAGCCGGGUCCCAAGAUAAGUCUGCUCCGUCUGGACACAAGCAUCUGACAGUGGAAGAAUUAUUUGGAACCUCUUUGCCAAAGGAACAGCCAACACUUUUGGGUCUGGAUUCAGAAGAAGUGGAGAAGCUGCCAGGAGAUGCCUCCCAGAAAGAGCCCAGCUCGUUCCUACCAUUUUCCUUUGAGCCAGGAGGGGCCCCUCAGUCGGAAAACCUGGGUGUCCAUCCUGCUGCCCAGCACUCAGUCCAGCCUGAAGUCACCACCCCGGUGCUAAUCACUCCUGCCUCCAUCACACAGUCCAGCGAAAAGCAGGCCCCAAGCUAUGUGAUCCCGUUGCACCCUGUGCUUAGUCCUACUCUACCAGCAGAAGCUUCUACUGGACAGGCUCCCCCAGGCCUACCCCGAAACACCACCAUGAUGCAAGCAGUGAAGACCACACCUAGACAGAGGUCUCCACUUCUGAGUCAGCCAGUCCCUGAGCUGAGCCACACCAGUCUGACUGCCAGCCAGAGCCCAUUCAGGGCCCCACUGAGUGUGACAAACACAGCUGGUACAUCCCUCCCAAGCGUUGAUCUUCUCCAGAAACUCAGGUUGACCCCACAGCAUGACCAAAUACAGACACAGUCACUUGGGAAAGGUGCAGUGGCACCCAGCUUUUCUGCAGCAGCUGGCCAGCUGGCCACGCCUGAGAGCUUCAUAGAGCCUCCCACGAAGACAGCAGCAGCGAGAGCCUCGGCCUCCCUGAGCAACAUGGUGCUUGCUCCCCUUCAGUCUAUGCAGCAAAACCAGGAUCCUGAAGUUUUUGCCCAGCCUAAGAUGUUAUCCAGUGCCAUCCCGGUGGCAGGCCCCCCACUGGUUCCUGCAACAACUUCGGCAGUGUCCUCAGUCCUGCUGUCCCCAAGUGUUUUCCAGCAGACAGUUACAAGGUCCUCAGACCUUGAGAGGAAAGCAAGCUCCCCUUCUCCUCUCACUGUUGGAACAUCAGAAAAUCAGAGAAAGCCUUCCAUUAUCCUCAGCAAGUCUCAGCUCCAGGAUACAUUAAUACACCUAAUUAAGUGUCCCCAGCGCUGCCGUGUAGCAGGCUCCCAGUGCGGGGAUACGUUGGCAUCGGGCCCCGCAGGCCCUGUCAUGGUGUGGGAGCAGGCGUGGCACACCUUUGAAGUAAAGGCUGGGACUGGUAAGGCCCGAAUUCUAUCAGAAAUCUUCACUUUAAGUUACUCUCCAGUGGUUUUGAAAAUGUUAAAUUUGUGUGUGAAUCAUAGCCUUAUUUUCCUUUUCUGUCUAAACACAGUGAGAAGUCAUUGUUAAUUGUUUUCCUUAACACUUUGACAAAAGGACCAGUGGACCAAUCUGACAAAGCCAUUCUGGUUCCAUUCCUCAAGUCUACUGAGAACAGUUUUAAAGCUAUGCAGAAAAGGGAGCUGUUAUUCACACUGCCCUUAUUUUAUUAUAGAAUAUGGAGUUAAAAACAAAGUGUGAAAUUCAGAACUUUACCAAUGUAUUCCUAGGCUGUGAGUACUUUUGCAGCCCAAAGUGUGAAAAUAUGUAAAGAUGCUUUGUUAUGCUGCUAUUGAUCCGCCAUGAUUUAUAUUUAUUCUUUUAUGGCAUGUAAUGGUGAUUAGUAAUAUUUUAAUGUAGAUUUUGAUUUAUUUCAGCAAUAGUAAUUUUAAGAUAUUCUUUGAAUGAAAGUGUCUUCGUUUCUAUGAUACAGGUCAUUUUGUAGUAUUUAACCAAUUAAGAUGCACUGCUUACUUUUCUGAGCACUAUUUAAUGAUGGGGUAAAACCCAAUUGGCUCAACCAGCUAGCAUAAGGAUUAGCUGUGAAUAAUGCUGACAGAUGUAAUGGUUCCUCGGGAACAAUCAUUUAAGCUUUAAUGGUAACUCAAUCAUAAGUCCACAGAUUUUUUUUUUUCUAGCUGAGAUUUUAGAAAAUUACUUGUGAAUUGCAUACUUGUUUUAGUUUGCUCUUAGUUUUUUAGCAUAAAGAAUACCUUGAUUGGCUUUUGUUAAUCUAAACAUGCUUCCUGAGCAACUUUUCUGCUUCCCAAUUUAGUGUCUUCUAUUGCAUUUACCUAGUUAUUUGUGAAUUGCGCAGAAGUCAGGGAAGCUUUUAAGUUCUCAUACUCCAUUAGGAAUAGUUUGUUUUCAAAGGUAGUGUGUAAAUUCAGCAACCAAAAAUGAAUUGCUUGCGUGUCACCUGGGAAAGAGAAAGUUACAGUAAGACGUGAAGUGUUGCUGACACCAGGAGAUGGUGUCCAGGGAGCCACGUGACUGUUCUCAGAAAACAGUUGCCCUGGUAGGUUUGCUCGCAUCCCAGGUGUAGUCUCAGUGGGCUUUGGUAAGCAGAAGAAUCAAGGGAUUCUUGUUAUGAUAGACAUUUGAAUUGAAAUGAUGAUUUGAGUAUGGACAAUAUUAUGAGAGAGUUGAGAGAAUAUCCUGAAGAGGGUCUUUAAUCAAAUCUGUUAAUUUUCACCCUUUAAUCCAAGUAAUGAAUAUGACAGACAGUAAAGAGAAUCUGUGAUAAGGUUUCCUUCGUGUGAAAGUAAAUUUUUAAGUGCCCAAGUCAUGGAGAUUUGAAAAGGGUAAACCUGUUUCAACUCCCAGAUUUAUGUAUUCAAAGCAUUUUGAAAAUUCAGAAGCCAGAAGUUCACCGUCAUGAUGACUAGGAAGUUCAGGCCAGAAUGAGUCCCUAGAGAAGUCAGGCCAAGCCUGAAUAGUUGCAGUUGGAUGACCCUGGCCCGAAAGUCGCAGUUCAGUUGCCUUAUUCCUCGUUCAGGCUUCUGUCCAGAACCUCAUGCUAGUUUAGGUUGCAUGUUUACAUUGCUGCAGUGACUUUACUGGAAUCUUAAUUUUAAACCUUAGUUGAAUCAAAAUGGACACCAAAACAGAGAUGCUUCUUGCUAGGUUUGCAGAACUGCAGGUGACCUGCAUUUAGGUCACCGUGACUGUCUGUAUGCCCCCCCUCACCUGGGUGGGUGGCACUACUCUUCUUUGGUUGUAGUUAAUGUGGUGUCUUUGAAUGGACACCCACCUCCCAAACAGCCUUGCUCCUUUCCUUUAAGGAAGAAGCUCCUCCUCAUUGUGCAUCUCUCCUGACGUUUGUAAGGUGUGACUUUGAAUCCUAGGUUUUCAAGUGACUGUCAGUUUCAGAAGCAUUCAUGCCGUCUGCAUGUGAAUGUGAGUGUCCAUGGCUUACUUUGGAAGGCUUUUGGGAGCGGGGUUUUGUUAAGAGCCCAAGUUGACCUGGGUCCUUCUCUGCUGGAGGAUGCACAGGCUAAGUUUAGAAUAUGACCCGAUUUUGCAUGUUAAGAAUUGUUCUUUUUCCACCCAUGUAUUCUUGUAAAAAUUUUAAACCCCAUCAAAUCUUCUACUAGGUAAAUAUUUUUAAACCACGCAGCUUUAUUACUCUCCUCCCCAAAGAAUGUAGUUUGAAAUUUUCUCAUUUUGGUAGUAGAGGCCAUAACUGCCAUUGUAUUACUAACAAUGCAACAUGAAAUUGAAGGUGCCUAACUGCUUAGAAAACAAAAUUAGCCAUCAUACUGUAACUCUGGGCAAAAUGAAACACAGAGGAAUGAGAGGCGGCACAGGCACAAGUGGGCUCAGUCCACGUGAGUGAAGACGAGGAAUCACAGGGACAUGUGUCCUGCAUUCUUGCUGCGUGUUUGCUGCUGAGCACGUGUUUCUUUCUUACUUGUCUUUGGUUUUCUUCAGUUGUAUUCAAAGGGCCUUCUGGAACCAAUAGUGCCCUGUGUUUUCAGGUGUCUAAAACGUUAAGAUCUGAAACAAGUAAAGCAACUUACACUGAGCUUUUUAAAGCUGUGCUUGAGAACAUUUCCCUGAGUGGGCCGGGGCCUCAAGGAGCCUGUUUUUCAGCAAAUUCAGCAGGAGAGAUGUGUGCAAUGUUUCACUCGGUUUUGUAUUUGACAUCUUCAUUUGAAAUGCUAUGAUGCAAUAUCGUUCACUUUGAAUGGGGAAAAUGCAAAAUUGUGUUUCCCUUUUAUCUGUGUGAUUCCUUAAGAAACGUGUUUUUAACAGUAUGUGUUCUAAAUGGUUUUUUAUUCUGUAUUCCUGCUUUGGCCAUGUGGCUCUCAUGACCUUCAGUGUACCAGAGUCUCAGCGCCCUGAAACGUGAGCAUGAGAAGCUCUGGGAUUACAGCAAGAUUUUUGUUCCAUGAGCGCAAUACAGCAUCAUUAACAUUUUUAAUGGUAUGGAUUUUAUACCAUCUGUGUAUGUUUGCAAAUAUUAAGUUAUUACCUGUUUUCAGAUGAGCAUUUUUCAUCCUAAAUUUUAUAUGUUUGCAAAUAUAUUUUUUUAAUAAAAGUUCAAAACCAAGUUUUAGCACCUACUAAA